AUGAUUAAACAACAGCAACCACAACAACUUAAGGCACAAAGCACCCAGGUCCCUCAGACCAUUACAUACGCCAUAUAUGCAUAUAAUUCAAAGACGGCAGAACAAACGCAAAGGUUGAAAUAUGGAGAUUUGGAGAUAGUAUUGAAAAAUGACCAUUUCGAAUUCGUUUGCAAAGGUGGUGCAGUGAUAUCAAAUAUAAAAGAAAUUUUAUUUAUGAAUUCAAAAAUUAAAGGUAUAACGGAUGAUAUAACAUCAAUUCCACCAGAAGAACAAAGAUAUUACGCAUUAAAUGCAUUUCCUAAAGUUGUGAAGAUUGGAAGAUUUAAUUUAAAUGAGGAAUUCAUAGAAGGUUUCCUAAAUGACAUAAUGAAGAAAGCAGAUAAGGAAUAUGUGGAUAGUGAGUUAAUGAAGAAAGUAGAUAAGGAAUAUGUGGAUGAAAAAGAUAAUGAAAUUAAAGAAAUGGUUGAAUGGUAUCAUGAAUGGACAUCAAAGAUUUUAAAAACUAAAGCUGAUACAGGAUGGGUUUCAGGAUGUUUAGACCUUAAAGCGGAUAAAACAUAUGUUAACGAUGAGUUAGAGAAGAAAGCAGAUAAGGAAUAUGUGGAUAGUGAGUUAAUGAAGAAAGCUAAUAUAUCAUUU